AUGAAGAUUAACAUCUUCUGGCUGGUAGCCUCUCUGGCCCUCUGGGCGGCCAUCGUCGUCGCUCAAACCACAACCACUACGACUGAUACCACCUCCUCCACCGAUACGGCGGCUCAGUCAUCAAAGUCUGCUUCCACAUCUGCGUCCACGUCUGCUUCCACGUCUGCUUCCACGUCUGCUGCAACGUCUGAUUCAACGUCUGCUGCCACGGCUGCCACAUCUACCAAUACCAACACAGCUACUCCGACCACUUCUACCAGCGUCAGUGCUGCUGCCACAACCGCCUCUACAUCUACGUCAUCCAAUACCAACGCAGCAGCCACCACCGCAUCGACUAGCAUCAGCGCCGGUUCCGCGUCUACCACCGUCACUAGCUCUGCAUCUUCUACCGCCACUGGCAGCAACGUAGUUACCACGACCUCGUCUACUACCGCCGCGGGCCGCGCAACCGGCACCGUUACUGCUAGCAGCAGCCAGACUGCCACGGCUUCGUCUACCAUCAGCUCAGUAGCGUCAAGCACACCCACAGCACCGAUCAUCGUCCCACGCAUUGUCUAUCCCAUCUACAAGAUUGAAGAGACAGAGUGGGACGGCAAACGCAGUUUUGCCAACGUUACGUGGAUCCCCAGUUACGGUAAAGACGCAGGUUGGAUCUACCCGGCCGCUCCGUACCCGUUCCCUUACUUUACCAACGUCGACAAGCCGGACGAAGGGUGGCAGCCUGCCAACUACAACCAGGACGUCAUCCGCGAACCCUACCCGUGCUUCGUCAACUUCAAUGGUUUACCAACCAAGGGCCAAUGUCAAGUCGACCGUCCGAUGGUGUACAACUACACAACAUCGUUCACGGAUAAUGGAACCCAUCCAGAAGACGAGUGCAGCUACAACAAUGGCACCGUGAACCUCUACGAGCACAAGUACCAGUACCCGUGCACCUCAAACUCUUCGACCAUGUGCAACGGCACCUACACCUCCCAGUCUCCGAAGCCAUUCGAUAUGGUGAACCCGAACCUCUACCCGCCAUCAAACCCGUUGUAUUUCAACUUGACGGCUAACAACGUAACCUACCCAGCCAGCGCUACAAACUACAACAUCACCGGCCUUCCAAACCAGUACUUCGGAACUGACUACGUGUUGCCCACGGACACAUUCGGUUAUCAGCACAAUUUCACCCAAUCCAAACACGCAAGUGCCAUGCGACAAAAACAAUAUGCCCUCAAGUGA